UGAAAGCUAUCGAGAAGAGGAAUCCAUAGACGUGCGUAUUGAAGAAAACGGAUCAGUUUAAGGCCUCCAAAUCGUCCGAACAAAACGCAACCUCGCAGCAUACGUUUUUGUAUUCAAAGCUUUUAGGAAUGUCAAAUUUAUCAUUGAGAAGUAUCCUGGAUACGUGCAAGCUUACUGGACCAAACUUUCUGGACUGGGAAAGAAAUGUGCGUUUAGUUCUUAGACAAGAAAAUAUUGAGUAUGUGUUAGACACACCGAUACCCAAGAUUCCUGAUGCCAACUCUCCUGAGUUUGCCACGUUUGAUCUGACCGCUCAAGAGAAACACGUCACUGAUGCUAAAACUGUGCAGUGUGUUAUGUUGGCUGCAAUGUCUAUGGAGUUGCAAAGGCAACACGAUAGGAUGAGCGCCUUCGAGAUGCUUGAACACUUGAAAAGUCUGUUUGAUUCAGAAAGUCAGACUCUAGAGUAUGAACUUCUGACAUACAUUUUCAAGUGUAGGCUUCAAGAGGGUGGCAACGUGUCUGAGCACGUCCUCAAAAUGAUUGGCUUAAUUGAAAGAGUUGCUACCACCGGAAUUAAGUUUGAGGAUCGUGUCUCAGCUGCUAUCAUCCUAUAUUCGCUUCCGAGUUCAUUUACUAACUUCAUUGUGAAUUAUAAUUUGAACAAAACGAAAGCGACCAUGCCUGAACUCCAUAACAUGCUCAAGUCUUAUGAAGCCUCAACCUCUAAAGGAAAGACUGUUCUUAUGGUAAGCUCUAAUGCUAAGUCUCGUUCUAAGAACAAGAAUAAGCAAAAGAAGAAAGGUAAGGUUGGACCUAUUCCUACAACUCUGAAGCCUAAAGGUGGAGGUCACAUGAAGCCAAAGGUUGCAAAGGAUGUUUGCCUCUACUGCAAAAAGAAGGGGCAUUGGAAGAGAGAUUGUGAGCUGUAUAAGGCUAAUCUAGCCAAAGCACCGGGUGCUUCAAGCUCAGAAGCCUGAGAAGCAGUGUAGCAGUUGGACUGGGUAAAAUUGACCUACGCGUGAAGGUUGGAGCAAAAGUUGCUGCUGAACGUGAUAGGAUCUUAUAGUUUAGAUUUGCCCAGUGGUUUUAGAUUAGAAUUAAAUAAUUGUUAUUUUAUUCCUUCUAUUACCAAGAAGAUUAUUUCCAUUCAUAUGUUAGACAUUAAAAGAUUUUUGUUUCCAUUUUGCUAAUAAUAAUUGUUAUUUUCAUAAAAUGGUGUAGUUGUG